AUGUUGAAAGUGGCAACUACUUUGAGAUUAAUCUCAAAACAGGGCAAUCAAGUGCGUUGUUUGGCCACAGCUGUAGGGUACAAGCAGGCAUUAGUAAAUGUUCCACCAACUAGACUGUCAGUGUUAGAUAAUGGAAUCCGCGUUGCUACUGAAGAUAGCGGUGCGGCAACUGCCACCGUAGGACUAUGGAUCGACGCUGGAUCUAGGUACGAAAACUCCAAGAACAAUGGAGUCGCUCAUUUCCUUGAACACAUGGCGUUCAAAGGAACUAGCAAGAGGUCGCAAACUGACUUAGAAUUGCUUGUAGAAAAUAUGGGCGCCCAUCUAAAUGCUUAUACAUCAAGGGAACAGACAGUAUUUUACGCUAAAUGCUUAGCCAAUGAUGUCCCCGCGGCCGUCGAGAUCCUUGCUGAUAUUAUUCAAAAUUCAUCGCUCGCAGAACCCGAAAUCGAACGAGAACGAGGUGUCAUUCUUCGUGAAAUGCAGGAUGUAGAAAGUAACUUACAGGAAGUCGUUUUUGAUCAUCUUCAUGCUACAGCUUUCCAAGGUACACCCCUUGGCCAGACUAUUCUUGGACCCACCAAAAACAUCAAGAAAAUUUCUAAGGCUGACCUUCAGAACUACAUUAAGACCCACUACCAACCAGCUCGUAUUGUUCUAGCUGGUGCUGGUGGAGUUGAACACGAAAAGCUGGUUGAGCUAGCAAAUAAGAAUUUCAGUGGCCUUAAGAACACUGUUACUGAUGUAGAGCUACCACACUGCCGGUACACUGGAUCUGAGAUCAGAGUCCGCGAUGACUCUAUGCCACUGGCGCACGUCGCUAUUGCUGUUGAGGGAGCUGGUUGGACUGAUGCUGACAAUAUUCCUCUCAUGGUUGCCAACACUCUAAUUGGAGCUUGGGAUCGCUCACAAGGUGGCGGCAUGAAUAAUGCUUCCUUCCUAGCCCGUGCAGCGUCUGCAGGUAAUUUAUGCCACAGCUUCCAGUCAUUUAACACAUGCUACAAGGAUACCGGUCUAUGGGGUAUUUACUUUGUAGCUGAACCUCUUCAGUUAGAUGACAUGGUCCACAACAUUCAGAGUGAAUGGAUGAAGCUUUGCACAUCUGUAACUGAUAGUGAAGUGUUGCGAGCUAAAAAUCUUUUGAAGACAAACAUGCUACUCCAGUUGGAUGGUACUACUCCAGUAUGUGAAGAUAUCGGUCGCCAGAUGUUGUGUUACAAUCGCCGCAUCCCGGUUCAUGAACUGGAUGCUCGUAUUGAAGCUGUCACAGUGCAGAAUGUUCGUGAUGUCUGCUACAAGUACCUGUAUGACCGCUGCCCUGUUGUUGCUGCUGUCGGUCCUACCGAAGGCCUGACAGAUUACUCAAGAAUCCGUGCUGGAAUGUACUGGCUUAGGGUUUAA